AUGGGCUAUUGUCUGAUAGCACACGUGCCGCCAAUCUAUGGCCUGUACUCAGCCUUCUUCCCGGCCCUCUUCUACACCCUAUUCGGCACAGGAUUUCACUCGGCUUUCGGUCCCUUCGCAAUAGUGUCCGGUGUUAUGACCGGCGAUAUCGUCACACAAGUGAUGACACAAUUAGGCAAAGAUGUCGAGCAAAACAACCAAAUCAAAGGAUAUAGUUUUGUGGGGCCGUUAGCCGCGUCUACCAGCGAUGACUUUCCCGGUUUGCUGACUAUAGACGUGGCCAUAAUGGUAGGCAUGAUAAUCGGGAUCUAUAUCUUCAUGUUUGGUGUCUUUCAAUUGGGUUUUAUAUCCAAUUUUAUGUCCGAAGAGCUGAUCAGUGGGUUCACCACAUCCGCGUCUGUCAUAGUGUUUGUGUCACAACUACCGUACCUCUUGGGUGUAGACUAUAAGCACUUCUCCGGACCAUUUAAUCUUUAUUAUACUCUCGAGGAAGUGUUCACAAGACUCGAAGAGAUUAAUUUCACGUCACUUACCAUAACAGGGAUUUGUUUAGCAAUACUACUGUUUUUUAAAUUAGUUGUCAAUCGGUUUACAACUCGGACUCGUAUUAAGACACCCUUUCCUAUUGAGUUAUUUGUGGUGAUUGGGGGUACGAUUGUGUCCCAUGUUAUGGAGCUUAGGAAAGAGCCCUAUAAUGUCAGGAUUGUCGGCCAAAUUGGUAACAAUUUUCCCACUCCGAUGUCUCCCAAUUGGAAACUGUUUCCGAUAAUGUGGGAGAAAUGUAUUGCCACUGCGAUCGUGGGCUACACUAUAACCUUAUCGGUGGGCAAAAUAUACGGCAAAAAACAUGGCUAUAAAGUGGACCCAAACCAAGAGAUGAUAGCCAUGGGCGCGGCAAACAUGAUAUCCUCGACCUUCCAGUGCAUCCCAUGCGCCGCAUCCCUACCCAGGAGUGCCCUCCAAGAGACGGCCGGCGGUAAGACCCAAGUG